AUGGUUGCCAUUACUCGUACCGCUGCUGCCGGCAUUGCCGUCCUGAGCGCCCUCAAGGGUGCCGCUGCCUCUACCGAGACCCGAGACGUCUUUGACGAUGUUGCCGUUCUUGACGCCAGAGACGUUCUCAACGAGGGUGCCGAGCCCCUCGCCCUCGACGCUCGCGACUUUGAUGAUGAGCUCUCCUAUGAGACUCGCGACUUUGAUGACGAGCUCUACUACGAGACUCGUGACUACGACGACCACCUCGAGAAGCGCUUAUUCGGUUUGCUGAAGGUUGGCAGGAAGGUCCUCGGCGGGGUCGCCAAGGCCGCCUUCGGCCGCAAGGGCAGGCGAUCUCUCGACGACAGCGAGGACUUCCUCGAGGGCAGGGGCAUCGAGGAGGAUGUCGUGGCCUUCGACACCCGUGACCUCGGCGACGACGUCCCCCUUGAGGCCCGUGCUAUCCUCGACGGCUCCCACCCCGACCUGGUGGUCGUGAAUAAGCGCAUAUUCAGGGGCAUUGUUAAAGGCUUCGGGCGCCUGAUCGGUGGCCGUUCCAUUGACGACGAGGACCUCGACGUCCGUGACUUCGACGACUACGAGGUCUCCUUCGAGGCUCGCGACGAGGAGGAGUCCACCUCCGAGGGCCCAUCCGGCGACGCACCAUCGCCAUCCCGCAAGGGCAAGAAGCUCAAGGGCAAGAAGCUCAAGGGCAAGAAGCUCAAGGGCACGUUCGGCAAGGGCAAGUCCGGCAAGGGCAAGUCCGGCAAGGGCAAGUCCGGCAAGAACAAGAAGACCGGCCCCAAGAAGCACGGCAAGAACAGUGCCAAGUCCAGCUAG